GGAGGCGGCCGGGCCGGGCCGGCCGGGCGGAGGCACCAUGCAGGCGCGGCGCUUGGCCAAGCGCUCCAGCAUGGGCAGCCGGCGGCUGAGCGCGGCGGCGCCGCAGGUGGACGCGGUCCGGCCCCCCAAGCCCGAGAGCGCCUGGAGGCCGCCCCGGCGGGAGGGCUCCGCUGCGGCGCUGGAGGAAGAGGACGAAGAAGAGGACGUGGUGGUUGAGGUGGAGGAGGAAGAGGAGGAGGAGGAGGGCGGCCUGGGGAGCGCCCCCCCGGCGCUGGCCGGCCACGGCAAGGGCCCCCUCCGGGGGAGCCUUAAGGCAGCCAACAUCAAGCGUGAAAUGACCUUCCAUGCAUUUCAACAGGAGGAUGUAAAAAGUGACAUCAGUCGAAAACUGCCAGACCAACAGUUUCUCCUGUUCACCACAAAGGAGGAAGAUUUAAAAACAGCAGAGACCAAAAAACUUAACAGAGCUCAUGAGUGUGAAAAGGAAAACACACGUUCUGUUUGUCUUCUGGAACAGAAGCGCAAGGUUGUUUCUUCAAAUAUUGAUGUGCCUCCAGCAAGGAAAUCUUCAGAAGAACUGGACAUGGAUAAAGUAACAGCAGCCAUGGUACUCACCAGUUUAUCCACCAGCCCUUUGGUCCGCAGCCCUCCUGUCCGACCCAAUGAAUCCCUGAAUGGAUCUUGGAAAGAAGGAGGAUUUGUGCCUUCUAGUACCAGCAGCAGUGGAUACUGGAGCUGGAAUGCUCCCAGUGACCAGUCCAACCCAUCCACCCCAUCUCCACCUCUGUCAGCUGAUAGCUUCAAAGCUUUUCGGACACCUUCCCAGCCAGAUGAUGGUAUUGAUGAAGGUGAAACAAGCAACCUUCUCUUCGAUGAACCCAUUCCUAGGAAGAGAAAGAACUCCAUGAAGGUGAUGUUCAAAUGCCUGUGGAAGAACUGUGGGAAGGUGCUGAGCACAGCUGCAGGGAUUCAGAAACACAUACGGACCAUUCACCUUGGACGUGUAGGAGAGUCUGACUACAGUGAUGGAGAGGAGGAUUUUUACUAUACAGAAAUCAGGCUCAACACGGACUCAGUAGCUGAUGGCUUAAGCAGUCUUUCCCCAGUGUCUCCAUCUUUAGCAUCUCCUCCUUCCUUUCCCACCCAAGACACAAUCCGUCCUGAAACUUCCUGUGCCAAAACCGAGACUAAAGUGAUGACACCUCUGAGCCGGUCAGCUCCUACCAACCUCUACCUCGUACACACGGACCAUGCUUACCAGGCCACUCCUCCGGUGAACAUUCCAGGGUCAGCAAAGUUCACUCCCAAUGGCAGUAGCUUUAGCAUCUCUUGGCAGUCGCCUCCAGUUACCUUCACCGGCAUUCCAGUCUCACCAACCCAUAAUCGUCCUGCAGGGAGUGGAGAGCAGAAACAGUCCCACACAGUUCUUUCAUCACCGCCUAGAGUAGCAUUUGGCUUGAGGAAGCCUAGAGGGGAGGGGAAAAAGUGUCGGAAGGUCUAUGGGAUGGAGAACAGAGAUAUGUGGUGCACUGCCUGCCGAUGGAAGAAGGCCUGCCAAAGGUUCAUCGACUAAUGAUUGAAAUUAUGCAGAGGAUUUGGGGAGGGGGAGGACAACAGCAGAAGCAGAUUGCUGCAGCUGCACGGAUCACUUCCCAUUUUCCCCUCCAGUGAUGUGGUGUUGGGGGUUUUGGUUUUUUGG